GGGAACUGUUCGCAACUGCGCCGUCUAUGCGCCAUUCCAUCCUUGACCUUCACUCUCCUCGACGCCUGGAAAAGCAAUGUCCAACAUUGCCGUCAACCAGUCGCCAUGGACAAACAGGAGGCAAGAGAUUUCCUGACUUCGCUUCUCAACAAGAACCUACGCGUCCUGGCUACUGAUGGCCGUAUGUUCCUUGGCCAAUUCAAGUGCACCGAUCCGGAUCGCAAUGUAGUACUAGCUCAUACCUACGAAUAUCGACAGCCAUCAGCGCAGCAGCGGGCUGAAGCCGCAAAGAAGGCUACAGAAGGAAUCACCUCGGUCACGAUGGACAUGACAUCCCGGUACCUGGGCUUGGUCGUGGUGCCUGGGCAGUACAUUGUGAAGAUUGAAGUAGAAGAAUUCACGAGUCAGAUCGGGAGCCGGAAUCCAUACGCCGACGUUGUCGUAUAG